AUGAAAUUACUGAAUGGCACUUUGCUUGGUCUGGCGCUUAGAACUGAUGAAUCCUAUGGAAAAAUUGAAAAGUUAGAAGCCAGUGUGGGUCUUCUGGAAGGUCGUAAUAGUAGUACGGUGACCGAUGUUGGUUCUUUGCUGAACACAAUUGAGCAACUUAAGUUUGAUUUGAACGAGCCUGAUCAGGAACUAUUGUGCAAUGAUAUAGAGAUCACUAGCAUCUUUGAAGAGAAGGGUGAACACUUAAUACACAUUGUCAUCACUUUGGCUAUGAAGUUGGGUGUCAAACUUUCUGAGAAUGAUUUAGUCAGCGCCACAUGGGUGGGAAGGGUAAAUGUGUCCCCGCAAACUGUGCCGGAGUCGCGCCCGAGGCCUAUAGUUGUGAGGUUCGGCAGACGCACUCUUAAGGAUCAAGUGUUAAUGGCGACUCGCGAUCGUCGCGGCAUUAACACUGAAGGCACCGGGUUACCAGCUCCGCACUGCAGAUUCUACGUCAAUGAAUGA